GGAAAAACCUGAUACUCCCUUGCAGUUUUAGGUAUUUUCUAGUAGUAGAUGUAUUGUUUAUGCUUGGUCUAGAAGGCAACUUUGGCUGAAAUCUUCCUCUUUGAGUUAGACACUCCUCUAAGGAGGAGCAGAUAGGGUGGAGUCAGCUGGAUGCCUUUUAACAGAAUGAAGAUGUAAAGCAAAGGCUCUAUUACUAAGUCAGGAAACCAACCGCUACCUAUAAUUUACUCCCAUCUGCAUUGGAAAGCAUCUACAACCCUGUCUUAGCUUGACAUAUUCUACAAGAUGAUAAGAAUUUUGACAACAUAUAAAAUGAUGAAAACUUUGAGAAGAGGACAUGCCAUUUCCCAUUGGGCUGCUCAACAUAACCAGUACCUCUCAAGAAUUGGUAUCCGAUCAAUGAGCAUGAAGGCACAGACUGCCAACUUGGUGCUGGAAGAUGGGACCAAGAUGAAGGGCUACUCAUUUGGUCAUCCAUCCUCUACAGCUGGAGAAGUCGUAUUCAGUACUGGCCUUGCUGGCUGCACAGAAAGUCUGACUGAUCCCAGCUACCAUGGGCAGAUCCUCACAAUGGUUAAUCCCAUCAUAGGAAACGGUGGCGUCCCAGAUACUACGGCUUUGGAUGAAAUGGGACUCUGCAGAUUCUUGGAAUCUGAUGGAAUCAAGGUUUCAGGUUUGCUGGUGUUGGACUAUAGCAAUGAAUACAGCCAUUGGCGGGCUGUCAAACCCCUUGGGCAGUGGUUGAAAGAAGAAAAGGUCCCAGCUCUUUAUGGGAUUGAUACCAGGAUGCUCUCAAAAAUAAUUCGAGACAAGGGAACUGUUCUUGGCAAAAUUGAAUUUGAAGGUCAGCCGGUGGAAUUUUUGGAUCCAAACAAGAGAAAUUUGAUUGCUGAAGUUUCAACUAAGGAAGUCAAAGUAUAUGGCAAAGGCAACCCACUGAAAGUUGUUGCUGUGGACUGUGGACUCAAGCACAAUGCGAUUCGUUUGCUGGUAAAGAGAGGUGCUGAAGUACAUCUGGUUCCCUGGAAUCAUGAUUUUACUGGAAUGGAUUAUGAUGGACUUUUCAUUUCUGGUGGCCCUGGUGAUCCAGUCCAAGCACAAGAGCUAAUUGAGAAUGUCAGGAAGGUCCUAGAGAAUAAUCGCCAGGAGCCUUUGUUUGGAAUCAGUUUGGGGAGUCUUAUUACUGGCCUAGCAGCUGGGGCUUCCUCCUACAAAAUGCCUAUGGCCAACAGAGGACAGAACCAACCAGUUGUAAAUAUGAUAAAUGGACAGGCUUUCAUUACUGCUCAGAAUCAUGGCUAUGCAAUUGACAGCGACACCCUCCCUUCUGACUGGAAGCCUCUAUUUGUGAAUGCGAAUGAUCAGACAAAUGAGGGAAUUAUGCACGAGAACAAGCCGAUUUUCACAGCACAGUUCUAUCCAGAUGGGAAUCCAGGGCCGACAGACACAGAGUUCUUAUUUGAUUCAUUUAUUUCGCUGAUCAAGAAGGAAAAAGGUACAAGUAUUGCUUCAGUACUGCCCAAGGCCACAGCUGCAACUUCGAGAGUUGAGGUUUCCAAAGUCCUAAUCUUAGGAUCUGGCGGUUUGUCUAUUGGUCAAGCAGGAGAAUUUGAUUAUUCUGGAUCGCAGGCAGUCAAGGCCAUGAAGGAGGAAAAUGUGAAAACUGUCCUAAUGAACCCCAACAUUGCCUCAGUUCAGACCAAUGAAGUUGGCUUAAAGCAAGCAGAUACAGUUUACUUCCUUCCGAUCACCCCACAUUUUGUUACAGAGGUCAUCAAAGCAGAACGGCCAGAUGGGAUAAUUCUUGGCAUGGGUGGGCAGACUGCUCUCAACUGUGGUGUGGAGCUGUUCAAAUGUGGUAUUUUGCAAGAGUAUGGUGUUAAGGUGCUUGGAACUUCAGUUGAAUCCAUCAUGGCCACUGAGGACAGGCAGAUGUUUUCAGAUAAACUAAAUGAAAUUAAUGAGAAGAUUGCUCCCAGCUUUGCUGUGGAAUCGAUAGCAGAUGCUUUAGAAGCAGCAGAAAAAAUUGGCUACCCAGUCAUGAUACGUUCAGCUUAUGCGUUGGGUGGACUAGGAUCAGGCUUAUGUCUGGACAAGGAACAGUUGCUGGAUCUUGGUACUAAGGCAUUUGCAAUGACCAACCAAAUUCUUGUGGAGAAAUCAGUUGCAGGAUGGAAAGAGAUUGAGUAUGAAGUUGUGAGAGAUGCCGUUGACAACUGUAUUACUGUCUGCAAUAUGGAAAAUGUUGAUGCUAUGGGGGUUCAUACAGGUGAUUCUGUUGUAGUGGCUCCCAGUCAAACACUUUCGAAUGAGGAACUGCAGAUGCUGCGGGAAUCGACCAUCAAGGUUGUGCGCCACUUGAACAUUGUGGGAGAGUGUAACAUCCAGUAUGCAUUGAAUCCCACUUCUCUGGAAUACUGCAUCAUUGAAGUUAAUGCUCGGCUUUCUCGAAGCUCUGCCUUAGCCUCAAAGGCCACAGGAUACCCUUUAGCCUUCAUUGCUGCCAAAAUAGCCCUUGGGAUCCCAUUGCCUGAAAUGGAGAAUGUGGUUUCAGGAAAGACAACUGCCUGUUUUGAGCCAAGCCUGGAUUAUAUAGUAACUAAGGUACCCCGCUGGGACCUGGACCGCUUUCAGGGUGCCUCUAGCAAGAUUGGGAGUUCGAUGAAAAGUGUGGGUGAGGUUAUGGCUAUUGGGCGUACUUUUGAAGAGAGCUUUCAGAAGGCACUAAGAAUGUGUCACCCUUCGGUUGAUGGCUUCACCUCAUGCUUGCCCAUGAACAAAGACUGGCCUUCUGAUGUGGAUCUCAGGAAAGAGCUAGCUGAAGCUUCUAGCAUACGGUUACACGCAAUGGGCAAGGCUUUGGAAGACAAUAUGUCUAUAGAUGAUAUACAUAAACUUACAGCUAUUGAUAAAUGGUUCAUCUACAAAAUGCAUGAUAUUGUGAAAAUGGAGAAGGACUUGAAAAGUCUUCACAGGGAAACUAUUCCAGAGGAAAGCCUGAGGAGAGCCAAGCAGAUGGGCUUCUCAGAUAAGCAGAUCGGGAAAUGUCUGGGAAUAUCUGAAGCAAGGAGCAGGGAUCUGAGGCUGAAGAAGAACAUAACACCCUGGGUGAAACAGAUUGACACACUGGCAGGAGAAUACCCUGCUGUAACUAAUUACCUCUAUGUCACUUAUAAUGGCCAGGAGCAUGAUGUAAAAUUUGAUGACCAUGGAAUGAUGGUACUGGGCUGCGGACCGUAUCACAUAGGGAGCAGCGUGGAGUUUGACUGGUGUGCCGUUUCUUGCAUCCGCACAUUGCGCCAGCUCUGCAAAAAGACAGUUGUAGUGAACUGCAACCCAGAGACAGUGAGCACUGAUUUUGAUGAGUGUGACAGGCUCUACUUUGAUGAACUGACACUGGAGAGAAUCUUGGACAUCUACCAACAGGAGGCAUGUGAUGGUUGCAUAAUCUCUGUAGGUGGACAGAUUCCAAAUAACUUAGCUGUGCCACUCUACAAGAACGGGGUUGAAAUUAUGGGUACACACCCUCUGCAAAUUGACCGGGCAGAAGACCGAUCUGUAUUUUCGACUGUUCUUGAUCAGUUACAGGUGGCUCAGGCACCCUGGAAAGCAGUUGAUUCCUUGGAGGAUGCUGUUGAAUUUGCAAAUUUGGUUAGCUAUCCAUGCUUGUUGAGACCUUCUUAUGUCUUGAGUGGCUCAGCAAUGAAUGUAGUAUAUAAUGAAAAAGAGAUGAAAAAGUUCUUAGCAGAGGCAACCAGAGUUUCACAGGACCAUCCUGUUGUAAUAACAAAAUUCAUUGAGGGAGCUCGGGAGGUGGAAACGGAUGCCGUUGCCAAGAAUGGAGAGGUGAUCUGUCAUGCUGUAUCUGAGCAUGUAGAGGAUGCAGGAGUUCAUUCUGGAGAUGCCACUUUGAUGUUCCCUGUGCAAACUAUUAGUCAAGGAGCCUUGGAAAAGGUGAAAAUUGCAACCAGAAAGAUUGCAGAUGCUUUCACUAUCUCUGGACCAUUCAACGUUCAGUUUCUUGUUAGAGGAAAUGAAGUGUUGGUAAUAGAGUGCAACCUGCGAGCUUCACGCUCUUUCCCCUUUGUAUCUAAAUCCCUUGGUCUGGAUUUCAUUGAUGUGGCAGCUAAAGUGAUGACUGGAGAACAAAUCCACAAGUCUAUCCUCCCCACAUUGGAAACACCCAUGAUUCCUUCAGAAUAUGUGGGCAUUAAGGCUCCAAUGUUCUCCUGGCCUCGUCUGAGAGAUGUUGAUCCUGUUCUCCGGUGUGAAAUGGCCUCCACUGGAGAGGUUGCCUGCUUUGGAGGAAAUGUCCAUUCCGCCUUCCUGAAGGCCAUGCUCUCUACAGGGUUUAGGUUGCCACAGAAAGGAAUCCUGCUUGGAAUUGAGCAUUCUUUCCAUCCCAAAUUCCUUGAUGAAGCACAGCAGCUCCAUAGUCAAGGUUUUAAGCUUUAUGCUACAGAAGGAACUUUUAAUUGGCUCAGUGGCAACAACAUCCCAGUAUCACCAGUAGCAUGGCCAACACAGCCAGAUGCAGACUCCACACUUGUUCCAUUCGGAAAACUCAUAAAAGAUGGAAGCAUAGACUUGGUAAUUAACCUCCCUAACAACAACACAAAGUUUGUGCACGAAAAUUUCCUGAUCCGCAGGACAGCUGUUGAUAGUGGAAUCUCUCUCCUCACUAAUUUGCAGGUAGCAAAGCUCUUCACUGAAGCCAUCAAAUAUUCUGGGAAACUGGACUGCAAAAGUCUCUUUCACUACAGAAAGUUCAAUGCCAGCAAAGGAGCAUAGAAGAACAACUCACUACCAGGUUUUUCUGACAGUGAAAUAAGAAUUUCAUGAUGGACACAUUUUCCCAGUUCAGUAGAUUGUGCCCUUAUAAAUGUCUUUGCAUCAAAUGUUUUGCCUUCUGCUUUGGAGAUAUUACCUCAGCAUUGCUAAUCUGGUGUAUUCUACAUAUUGAACAAUGUUCUGCCCUUGGACUUUAUUUUCUACACUUUUCCUAUUGAAUUCACAGGGAUAUUAUUCCAAAUACAUGCACUUAGAAUGUGGAUGGUAAAAUGAAUCCCAAAGAAUUCUGAAAGUCAUUUAAAAUGUGAAAGAAUAAAAUCAGUAUAGAAAAUUC